UUAUUUCUAUACCUCUCUAUCAUUUCAAUUGUACCCCUCUUGAUAUACCGAUCCUAAUAUAUUUUCUACCGAAAUCAACAUUCCCUCGUUAUCAUGUCUGAACGCAGCACAGUCCAUGUCUCGGGCAUUGCGCCCGCCACCUCUGAGAAAGAAGUCCAGGACUUCUUUAGCUUCUGUGGCAAGAUCACCUCCAUCUCCGUGACCCCAGUUUCUGGUGAGCCAGAUGCUCCCAAGUCCGCAACAGUGACUUUUGAGAAAGAAGCAGCUGCCAAGACUGCCUUGCUCCUGGAUCAGACUCAGCUGGGAGGUUCUGCAGUGCACGUACAGGCUGCCCAGACUCUCGACGACAUCGCCGGUUCCCAGGCCGCCAGUGCAGCAGAGGCCAGGGACGAGAACCACCAUGAGAUUGCGCAGGAAGACAAGCCCAAGUCCCGAAUCUUCGCCGAGUACCUUGCUCACGGCUAUGCACUGAGCGACAACGCAAUCCAGAAGGCUAUUUCCCUCGACCAGAAGCACGGCUUCUCCAACCGCUUCACCUCUGCUCUGUCCAACUUUGAUCAGAAGUACAAGGCCACAGACCGCGCGAGAGGAAUCGAUGAAAGCUACAAGAUCAGCGACAAGGCUGCCACUGGUUGGCACGGACUCCACUCAUACUUCGAAAAGGCUCUUGGUACACCAUCGGGUCAAAAGCUUCGCGACUUCUAUGCCCAGACCGAUAAGCAGGUGCGGGACAUCCACACUGAGGCCAGACGCUUAGCAGACCUGAGGAGUGGAAAAACUACCCACGAGGGUGAGGCCCCGGCUGCCGGCGGUGUAGAGGCCUCCGGUGCCGUCCCCGCAGCUGCUGCUCCUGCGGCUCCUACAGCUCCUGCUGCCCCUGCCGAACCUGCUCCUGCGGCGAGCCUGCCUGCUGGAACCGCAGCUCCUGCCGAGCCUAAGGCAUGAUGAAUUAACGAUGUACUGAAAUUAAACUGGGAUGCUGUCUGAUUUGUUCUGCCGUUGUUUCCUGUAUUCUGGUGUGCGUUUUUGAACAAGCUGUCUGGAACAGGCUU